AUGCCACCCAAACGAAAACGCGACAGCGAGAGCAGCGACCAACAGACGGAUCGCAAUAAACGCUAUGCCUACUUGAAACCUCACACCCGACGCGUCCCCGAGAAAACCAUCAAAGCCAAAUGGACAACGCUGCCAGAGCCCGUUCAGGAGAAAGUCCGCGAUCUCUUUCAUACACUCGAGCGGCCAGUGAUCAUGCGACAACCGAAUGAACGCAAGCGCAUCGAGGCGCAGACGGCGGUUCAAGCGGUGGUGCGAACUCUAGGACGGCGACUUCCUCGCAUGCCCUUUCCGCCUAUCACCAAGGACUCGAAUUUUGAUUACGAAUCUGCGUUGAACGAACAUCGACUGCUCGAGGCCAACGUGGCUACCAUGAAAGACAGCAUUGAUCUUCUCAAAACUGAAAUUGCAAAGGAGGAGGCGCUCCUGGACCGCGAAAGGAAGUCGCUGCAGGAGAUGGACAAGAACGCCAAGCGAGCGGAAGCUGAGCGGAAGCGCCAGAUGCAAAAGGAACACCCAGUCCUGCGUCGCCUGGAUGAACUGCCGCACACUCAGGACCGAACGGCCGAAUUCACACUCCUGGACACAAAGGAUAGCCAGGCAACGUUGGAUGAGCUGGACACCGAUCCCGAGGUCCAGAGCCUAAUGAAACAGCUGCAUGGCCAUUUGCAGUCCAUGCAGACCAACACGGCGCCGCUAGCUGGGCUCCGGGACGCCAUCACCCGGUCGCAAGCUGCCCUGGACCUUUAUUCGAUGCCGGAUGACUGA